GGCGCAGUGCGGCCGGGCACCGGAACAGCGGAGGGCAGGGGCCCGGCGGGCGGGUGCGCGUUCCCGGCGGGCGGGAAGCGAGGCGCGCGCCAUGGAACAGCGGUUAGCCGAGUUUCGGGCGGCUAGGAAACGGGCCGGGCUGGCUGCCGAACCUAACACUUCGAGCCCGAGUGCACAAACCUCAGGAGAGAAGGCGCAAGCAGCUGCGACUCCAAAGGCAGCCCCAGGCUGGCUAACACGGUUCCAGGUGUGGAAACCAAGGCUCGCGAGUGCCCGGGCCCAGUCCAGCCUCGCUCAGGAAGUGGCUCAGCCCGGGAGCAGCACAUCACAGCCACCACGGAAUACAGCCAUUCCUCUGCCAUCGCCACGGGACCAGUCUUUCCUGACCAACAUCACCUUCUUGAAGGUUCUUCUCUGGUUGGUCCUGCUGGGACUGUUUGUGGAACUGGAAUUUGGCCUGGCCUAUUUUGUCCUGUCCUUGUUCUACUGGAUGUAUGUCGGGACACGAGGCCCUGAAGAGAGGAGAGAGGGAGAGAAGAGUGCCUACUCUGUAUUCAACCCAGGCUGCGAAGCCAUUCAGGGCACCCUGACUGCAGAGCAGUUGGAACGGGAGUUACAGUUUAGACCCCUGGAGGGGAGAUAGGACCAACUCUCUUGUUAUGCAGCUAGUCUCCCACGUGGUCCUCCUAGCCCUUGGACGUGGGCUUGUGGGUUUGAUUUCAGGUGCCCAAGACUAAGGACAGCUUGCAGGUUAGUUCUGUGACUGUGAAGUUCUACAUUCUUUCCCAGGUCUUUGCUGCAGUUUUAUCUCUGAACUUUUCUUUGGUUUUGGUGAAACCCCGUGAAAGACACUCACUGUGGAUCUGAUGCAAUUUAUAAAACUUACAUACUCAGGAAAGAAAGCUGUUUGUCUCAUUAUUUGAGAAAGGUGGUUUUCAGAGCAUUAGAAGGGCGCUGAGGAGAUAACUUUAAAAUACCCAGCUGUUUG